CCUGAAACAGUGCAUGUUUAAAUUAAGCAAAGAAACGUGCUUUUUAAAAAAAUAUAUACAAUUGCUUGGCAGUUGUUUUAUUCGUGGAAUAUGUAUAUAUAUAUUUUAACCAAUAAUAGUAAGGUUACAUCCUUUCCAGAAUUUUUGCAGAAAGAUGAAAAGAUUGGAGGAUGCGGGCAUCGAUCCCGCUACCUCUCGCAUGCUAAGCGAGCGCUCUACCAUCUGAGCUAAUCCCCCCACUAGCAAGUAGUGCUAGUGAGAUCUGUCACAAAUAAAAUACUCCAUUUCGUAUUUCAUUUAUAUUGGAUUCAAAAUCAGUGUUCGAUAAAUCGUAGAUACAAUACAAUUAGCGACUAAUAACAACCCAUAAUAAAUAAUUCAGUUGUUCAAAACAAAUUCGAGAGUUCGCGCUAUCUGAAUAAAUAUAUUUUAUACUUUUCACUUCCGGUAAGGAUCAGCCAGUCAAAAUAAAAGCUAUAUAAAAUGUUUGUUUAUAAACCAACUCAUUACUUCUUCUUAUUAAUAUUUUUAGUUUAUGACCAAUUUGUUUCUUCGCUGCGGUAAAAUCGCUUUUCUUAGCAUAUAAUACUAAGAAAUAUCAUAUUGAAAUAAAAUUAUCCAAAGUAAACAUUCGCUUGCACUGGUGUUUCCAAAAUAAUUCUUUUUUUUUUUUUUUUUUUACUUUUCUUUUUAAUUCACAGUACAUGGAACAUUUUUGUAAUAAAUGCCAAAAGAACAAGAGGCAUUACUAGUCACAUUAUUAACAACAUUAGCUGCCAAAUGUAAUGUUUUAAAAAUACUCAAAUUAAAGUAAUGUUAUUUUUUUCCCGCACUUUUUUUGGUUUUAGUUGGUUCUAAAACGUUUAUGUAUAAUUUAAAGUCAUUUAUAAAAUGAAAUAAUUUUGUUUUGGAAACUAUUCACUUGUUUUUAUGUACAUGAUAUUUUCUAAAUAAAACAAAUAACUGCAUAACGGAUUGUUCUUUACGUUUCAAAAAUUGCCUUACAUGGGACUAAAAUACGCACCAGGAAGAAACUUUCAUUCACAACUGAAUUUUUUAAGCAGAAUAAAUAACAUAACAAUAAGAAUUAUGAUUAUUGAUAAUAUUAUCCUAUAUAUUUAGUAUUAAAUUACAAACAGCAAGUCAUUCAGUGACAUUUAUAUGCCUUUUAGUUCCGAAGUAAGAAAAUAAUACCUCAUAGAGGUGCAUGCCAGCGCAAAAUGUUGGUCAAAAUUACACACUUUUAUAAAUGCAGCAAACAUGUGACAUAACUACAUUGGUGUUAUGCAGACCUUUAGAGCAAAAUGAUUGUUGGAAAAUUCACACCGGAUAUGCACAUUUAGAUUUGAUAGCCAGACACUUGUCAUGCCAAAGGAGCAAUAGAAAACAGUCCAGUCAUGACAAAAUGGCGAGCGGAGUUGGAAAACAUAAAUUGCUGUUGGGCCCAACAGAGCCAUGGUCAAUUAGAGAAAAGCUGUGCCUGGCCUCCUCUGUCAUGAAGAGUGGAGACCAAAACUGGGUGUCUGUGAGCCGAGCCAUCAAGCCAUUUGCAGAACCUGGACGCCCUCCUGACUGGUUCUCUCAAAAGCAUUGUGCCUCACAAUACUCUGAGCUCCUGGAGAUAACUGAGGCCCCGAAGAGAAAGCGAGGUGAGAAAGGGGAGGUGGUUGAGACGGUGGAAGAUGUGAUCGUCCGCAGGUUGACAGCGGAGAGAAUAGAGGAGUUGAAGCGAUUGAUCAAGGACACACAAGAGAAGCACAGGAAACUGAAGAGAGAAACUGAACUCAUCCAGGCAGGACAUCUGGACUCUAAACUCGAGGAGCUAUGGGAAGAAAUUGUACGGAGCAGAAAACAAGAGGAAGAGGAAGCUGAGGUGAAAAGAAAGGCCACAGAUGCAGCGUACCAGGCCAGGCAGGCAGUGAAGAACACUCCUAAACGUGUGCUCAGUGUGACAGUGCGCUCCCCUUCUGGGGCCUGCUCUCCGAGCCUGGAUUUUCCCAUUGGAGAUCCAUCUGAAGAUCCUAGCACCACUGGGGCAGGAUCAACAGUGUUUGUGCCUCUGACGGAGCUGCCAGGCCCUGGAGUGGUAGAGGCGAGUUUGGGGUCACUGCUAGAUGAGUCAACACAGAAGAAGCUUUUGGGUCAGAAAAACACGCCACCUCCCUCUCCUCUCCUGUCAGAACUGCUGAAGAAAGGCAGUCUUCUGCCCACCAGCCCCAGACUGGCAGUUGAGGGAGAAUCUCCGUCCAGUCAACUUACAGGGAGUCACGAGAAUCACAUGAUGACUUCUUCAUUACCUGCCUCUCAGGCAGCGACAGGUGCUCCCACACUGUCUCGUCUGCUGGAAGCUGGCCCCGCCCAAUUUCCCUCUCAGCUGAGCUCAUUGGCCACUGCAGACUCCGCCCCCAGCGCUGCCACCUCUGCAGUGGACACCGCUGCCCCGCUCAGCACAGAAGGCGAUGGGGCCCCCAGUGCUUCAGUGGAUAAUAAGGAGGCGGUUUUAGGGGAGGAGGACCUGGUGACUGUGUCCUAUAUGGCAGAGGAGCUGGACUUAGAGACAGUUGGGGACAUCAUAGCUAUUAUUGAAGAGAAGGGUGACGAGAAUGCCGAAGCACUGGACGCUGCAGCGGUGGAAGCCGCUCUGUCUCUGUGUGAAGACACGGGUCACAACCUGUCAGGUACCUGGGAGCCCAACCCCUUCAGGACCAUUGGCCCUGAGCCCUCCAGCGCUUCAGAGGACUUAGACCCACAUUCCCUGCAUCUGUUAGAGGGGAAACGAGAGGGUCCUGACAUGUGUGGAUCCAGCAAUGGCUGCUCACAGGGGUACACAACACACUCCACCACUGUCCCCUCGGUUUCUCAAGACCCCACUCUGCCAGCAGGAGCCCAUUCAGACCUAGAAGCCCUCAGACCGGAGCGCAAUGACGAUGCCCAGGAUGGGCGGCCAGAAUCACUGCAUGCGGCGAUCAAAAGUGAGACUGACGAAUGGACACCGUCUCAAUCAGAUACACGGUCAGAAGAUGACCCUGUGAUAAAACAGCACUCAAAGGAAGUGAAAGAGGAGGAGGAAGCUGUGAGUGAUGCUGAGGAGAGCAGUGUGUCGGAGAUGAAAGCUGGAUUAGAGGGGGAUGGAGUUGAGGAUUGUGGGGGAGAAGAGGAUGGAGAUGGAGUUUAUCUCUCUGAGCCAGAGGGGGAAACAGAGUUGGAUCCUCCGGCCAGCGAGAGUGAGGACGGCUAUAGCAUGCACACAGCAUCCUCUUCCGUACAGCUCCACACAACUGCAGACUCCAUUCCCAGCAGCCCUGCCUCCUCACAGUUCUCUAUCUGCAGUGAAGAUCAAGAAGCAAUUCAGGCUCAGAAGAUCUGGAAGAAAGCCAUUAUGUUAGUGUGGCGAGCAGCAGCCAAUCACAGGUAUGCAAAUGUCUUCCUGCAACCAGUGACGGAUGACAUCGCCCCUGGUUACCACAGUAUUGUGCACAGGCCAAUGGAUCUGUCCACCAUCAAGAAGAACAUUGAGAACGGGCUGAUCCGCACCACAGCUGAGUUCCAGCGCGACAUCAUGCUGAUGUUCCAGAAUGCGGUGAUGUAUAACAGCUCGGACCAUGAUGUGUUCCACAUGGCCGUGGAGAUGCAAAGAGAUGUUCUGGAGCAGAUCCAGCAGUUUCUGGCCACACAGUUGAUCAUGCAGACCUCGGAGUCAGGCAUUAGUGCCAAGAGCCUGCGUGGGAGAGACGCCAACCGCAAACAGGACCCCAAUGACAAGGACUGUGUUCCCAUGGCCUCUCCUGCAUUUCUUCUCUCUCUCUUUGACGGGGGCACAAGGGGGCGACGCUGCGCUAUAGAAGCAGACCUGAAGAUGAAGAAAUGAGCGGUGCGUUCCUUUGAAACGCUAAUAAGUGACUGAGUGCUGACAGCAUAGGACAAUCUGUCUGAACCAUAUCGCCAACACGCUUAAACAGAAAAGUUGAUGAGGGUAUCACUGGAGCAUGGUGUUGGGGAUUGGACAACGAUGGGACUGCCUCAAAAUCUGUGCAUAUAUGUGUCUGUGUGUAUGUAAUUUUGUGAGGUGUGUGUUGUGUAGUACUAAAGAUUUGUUUUGUGUACGAAUAGUGCCUUUACAGGUAUUGACAAACGACCGGGAAUAAACCCGACAAAAGGACAACAAAUUUGAAUUGAAAUGCCUUCUUAUGUGGGAACAAUGUUACUGAUAUUUUACCCUCUUUUCACUCUGCCAUAAUGCUGUAUUCUUGUGUCAUUCCAAACUAAAUUACUUUUUUUUUUUUUUUUAAACUUAGAGGUUCACACUACAUUCUUCCGUGUAACGGAUGGAGAACCAAGGACUAUCAAACUCUAAAAAAAAAAUGAAAAAAUAAAAAAGCAUCAUAAAAAAAAAAAAGA